AUGUUAUACAGUUGGUGUGGACAGCAGCUGACAGCGGUUUUCUUCAGAAAGCGUGUAUCACCUGUAUUUGUGUCGGGAACAGUGACUGAAGGAAAGAGAGUCAAAUGCAUUCGGAUCGACAAGCUCUUCGCGCUGCUGGAUCUGAACAAGGACGGACGGAUCGAUGUGAACGAGCUGCGCAUCGGACUCGCCGCGCGGGGGAUGUCGUGGAGCUCGGUGGAGGAGCAGAUUGUACGAGCUGGAGAUGUCAAUCACGACGGCCAGCUGGAUUUUGAAGAGUUCGUCGAGUAUCUGCGUUCACAUGAGAAACGCCUCAGACUCAUGUUUCGCAGCUUGGACCGAAACAAUGACGGUGAACUGGACGUCGCGGAGAUCCAGCAGACGUUACACAAUCUCGGCGUGGACGUCACGCUGGAGCAGGCCUCCAAAAUCCUGCAAAGUAUGGAUAAAGACCAUUCCAUGACCAUCGACUGGUUCGAGUGGCGAGAUCACUUCCUGUUUAACCCUCUGCACAACAUGGAGGAAAUCGCUCAGUACUGGAAACACUCGGUGAUGUUGGACAUCGGAGAGCAUCUGACGGUCCCAGACGAGUUCUCGGAGAAGGAGAAGCAGUCAGGGUUCGUGUGGCGGCAGCUGAUGGCAGGAGCCGUGGCGGGAUCGGUGUCCAGGACAGGAACCGCGCCACUCGACAGACUCAAGGUCUUUCUGCAGGUGCAUGGCCAGAGCUCUGAUAAGGGGAACGUGUGGCGCAGUCUGCGUGCGAUGGUGAAGGAAGGCGGCCUCACUGCGCUGUGGAGGGGGAACGGCAUCAACGUGCUGAAGAUCGCACCGGAGACAGCCAUCAAAUUCCUGGCCUAUGAACAGAUUAAAUGCUUGAUGAGAGGCAGUAAAGAGGGAGGAACUCUGAAAGUUCAAGAGAGAUUCGUCGCUGGAUCACUGGCUGGAGCUAUGGCUCAAACGGUCAUAUACCCUAUGGAGGUGUUGAAGACUCGUCUUACUCUACGUAAAACAGGCCAGUAUUCGAGUGUGGCGGACUGCGCCAAGCAGAUCCUGCAGAAGGAGGGCGUUCUGGCGUUUUAUAAAGGAUACCUGCCCAACAUGCUGGGCAUCAUCCCGUAUGCAGGCAUAGACCUCGCCAUCUACGAGACGCUGAAGAACGGCUGGCUGCAGCGGCACGCGGAGGGCUCACCCGACCCGGGCGUCCUGGUGCUGGUGGGCUGCGGCACUGUGUCCAGCACCUGCGGACAGCUGGCUUCCUACCCGCUCGCCCUCAUCCGAACACGCAUGCAGGCACAGGCGUCAGUGAAGGGAGCUCCUCAGUUGUCCAUGUUGACCCUGUUCAGGAAUAUCGUGGCUCAGGAGGGUGUGGUGGGACUCUAUCGAGGCAUCGCUCCCAACUUCCUCAAGGUCAUCCCGGCGGUCAGCAUCUCCUACGUCGUCUACGAGCACAUGAGGAAAGUACUGGGAGUGGGAACCUGAGAGAGAGAGAGAGAGAGAGAGAGAGAGAGAAAUAGAGACAGGUCAUGUGUGUGUAGAAAAAAUACAAUCGAAGACUUGUUUAUUUAAGCCUAUCACUGGAGUGAUGUUCACCAAAAACAUUGGAUGUGAGGAAGAACGACAAACUGAAUCCAAACACUGAAAUAUGCAGAAUCUAAGAGGUGCUGUUCUGACCAAAUCCUGAAUUACUGAGGUUCAUGAUGUGCUCUUCAUGUGUGUUUGUUGGUCAACAGGACCCUGAUUUUCAGGUAUACAGGGUACGGCCCUCUGGAUGCGGUAAAAUGAACGACUGUGUGAGCAUGUGCUGUACUGUACUGUGUGUGUGUUUAACCCAGUGCACACUACUGAACUCCAAAUGGGAAUGGACAAUAAACUAACUUCCUCCCUUUGAACUUAUAGUACAAUUGAAAGUGCCUCUGCUUCGAGAAACAUGUAUGUUUUAUCUGUGGUCCAGUAAUACACCUCUUCUACUGUACUGAAUCCCUGUGUGCUCUGAAAUCACUAUACCAACCAAUCAAGAGUUCUAGAAUCCUCAACUGAAGAUUCCGUAACUCAGAUUGAAUAGUUCACCCCAAAAUGAAGAGUAGCUAAAUAUGUACUCACAUUCAGCCCAUCUAAGAUGUAAAUGUGUUUGUUUUUUCAUGGGAACAGAUUUGGAG